GAGAUCCACGUGACACAAUUAUUAUAAAGAUGGCAUUCAUUAAAGACGAGAGUGAAGACAUGAAGAUUGAAGAAACAUUCAGAGUGAAACAAGAAGAUACUGAGGAACAAACAGACAUGAAAGAAGAGAGUGAAGAACUGAAGAAAAAUGAAGAAAAAUAUCAACAUGAGGAUCAUCAUGAUUUCAUAACUGGAGUAAAAUCUUUUAGUUUUGAUGAACAUGGGAAACUUAAAGUUCACAUGACAAUUCACAAUGGCGAAAAACCUUACACAUGCCCACAGUGUGGAAAGAGUUUUAAUCUAAAAGGACACUUUGAAGAACACAUGAGAAUUCAUACAGGAGAGAGCCCUUACACCUGUCAACAGUGUGGAAACAAAUUUACUCAAAAAGGAAGCCUUAACAGGCACGUGAGAAUUCACACUGGAGAGAAGCCUUACACCUGCCAACAGUGUGGAAAGAGUUUCAGUCAACAUGGAAACCUUGCUGACCACAUGAAAGUUCACUCUGGAGAGAAGCCUUACACCUGCCAUCAGUGUGGAAAAAGUUUCAAUCGAAAAGGAAACCUUAAUUGCCACAUGAGAAUUCACACUAAAAAGAGCCUUUUCACCUGCCAACAGUGUGGAAUGAGUUUCACUGUAAAAGGAAGCCUUAACAGCCACAUGAAAAUUCACACUGGAGAAAAGCCUUACACAUGCCUUCAAUGUGGAAAGAGUUUUAAUCAACAUGAAAACCUUGAAGUCCACAUGAUGAGAGUUCAUUCUGAAGAGAAGCUUUACACGUGCCCUCAGUGUGAAAAGAGUUUCAAUCAAAAAGGACACUUUGAAGUCCACAUGAGAGCACACUCUGAAGAGAAGCUUUACACAUGCCCUCAGUGUGAAAAAAGUUUCAAUCAGAAAGGACACUUUGAAGACCACAUACGAAUUCACACUGGAGAGAGGCCUUUUACCUGCCAACAAUGUGGGAAAGGUUUCAACCGAAAAGGAAUCCUUAACAGGCACAUAAGAAUUCACACUGGAGAGAAGCCGUUUAUAUGUGGGCACUGUGGAAUGUGUUUCCAAUAUAAAGUAACCCUAAAGUACCACAUGAGGAUUCACUUAUGAGAGAACUGUUUUUUACUGUUUUAUAUUGUAUCAGUGUGAAAGGAGUUUCACAAACAGGAAACACAUUAGGAAUCAUUUAAUAACUCACACCGAAGAGAACCCUGUCAUGUUCCAUCACUGUGGAAAGGUGAACAAAGGAACAGAAAACAAAGGAAACCUUGAGGCUUUUUUCUAUUCCAAUUUCUAUUUUCUACUCAAGACUCGGAAUUACUCAGACUGUUAUAUGAUAUGGAGA